UUGAGUGUAGCUCCUGAGGAUUUAGCAUGUCAGGCUGUGUCUACACAGCUUAGGUUUCUAUUAUUAUGCAAUGGCUUAGAGGGCAGUGCUUUGCCACAUAAUUACAGCGCCAAUCUCUGUUAGGACCCGGAGUUUGGAUGCCUCUUUCUAUAUCAGCUAUUUGCCUCCUGCCCGCUUAGGACUCCUCCCUGACACUCAUACUUGUUUAUUAGCUUCUUUUUGUACCCUUGUUUCAUCUGGUUUCUGGUUUUCUUCCCUUUCCUACGGAGCAUAUUUGUUUAUUUCAGAGGUGAGGAGUCUGACUGAGUCGUGCCUGCACGGAUUCCUAUGCAGUACAAAGCACUUGCUGCAUGUUGCAUCGUCAGAAGAGGAGUCUCAGGGACUCUCGGACUUCACUGAAUCAGGCUGCGUCUGACAAACAAUCUUGUCUACAUUUUGGUUUGCUAGAGAUCAACUGGGAUUUUUCUGAUUCUAUCUUCUUUUGAAAAAAGGAUGCAUGGAAUAGAAAGAAGGUCUAAGUGCCUGUCUGAGACUAUUUUACCAAACCUGGGAUAAAUGUUACUUCUCAAAGGUACUGUUGCGUGAUUUACAAUGGAAAAAUUGCUCUGCGGCAUUCUGGUGUUUGGAAUGGCUGUCACAGUCAACGCUUGUCCCAAAUAUUGUGUCUGUCAGAACCUGUCUGAGUCACUGGGAACUUUGUGUCCCUCCAAGGGUCUCCUUUUUGUACCUCUAGACAUAGAUCGAAGGACUGUUGAACUCCGUCUUGGGGGCAACUUCAUUAUCAAUAUCAGCCGACAGGAUUUUGCCAAUAUGUCUGGACUUGUUGACCUUACUUUGUCCAGAAACACCAUUAGUUACAUACAGCCCUACUCCUUCACCGACUUGGAGAGCCUUCGGUCUUUACAUCUGGACAGCAACAGGUUGCCUGAGAUUGAAGAGGAUACUUUAAGAGGUUUAAUUAACCUUCAGCAUUUGAUUUUAAACAACAACCAGCUAAGCAGCAUUUCUGAUGACGCCUUUGAGGAUUUUUUACUGACAUUGGAAGACUUAGACCUGUCCUACAAUAACCUCCGAAGCAUUCCCUGGGAAUCUAUAAGAAAGAUGAUAAACUUGCACCAGCUCAGUUUAGAUCACAACCUAAUAGAUUAUAUAACAGAGGGGACAUUUGCAGAUCUUCAGAAAUUGGCCAGAUUGGAUCUAACAUCCAACAGACUCCAGAAGCUCCCCCCUGACCCUAUAUUUGCCAGAUCACAAGUAAUUCCUUUGGUUGUUACCCCAUUUUCGCCACCUCUGUCCCUCAGCUUUGGGGGAAAUCCACUGCAUUGCAACUGUGAGCUGCUGUGGUUAAGGCGGCUUGACAGAGACGACGACAUGGAAACAUGUGCUUCUCCUCCAAGUCUGAAGGGAAGGUACUUCUGGUACGUACGGGAGGAGGAGUUUGUUUGUGAGCCCCCUCUUAUUACACAACAUACUCACAAGCUCCUGGUCUUGGAAGGGCAGACUGCCACGCUGAAGUGCAAAGCCAUUGGGGAUCCCACUCCCAUCAUUCACUGGGUGGCCCCUGAUGACCGUCUCAUCGGAAACUCCUCGAGGACGGCUGUCUACGACAAUGGCACCUUAGAUAUACACAUCACCACCUCCAAGGACUAUGGAACUUUCACGUGCAUAGCAGCCAAUGCUGCAGGAGAGUCCACUGCAACAAUUGAGCUCUCAAUUGUCCAGCUCCCCCAUCUCAGCAACGGCACAGGCAAAGCAGCUCCACCGAAAUCCAGGCUCUCGGACAUCACUAGCUCCACCAAGUCCAAUCGUGGCGAAACAAAAGGCCCCCCAGAAAGGGCUGUCCUGGUAUCAGAUGUGACCACUACCUCAGCUUUGGUCAAGUGGACAGUCAGCAAGUCGGCCCCUCGGGUAAAAAUGUAUCAGCUGCAGUAUAACUGCUCAGAUGAUGAAGUCCUGAUCUACAGGAUGAUACCAGCUACAAACAAGGCCUUUGUUGUAACCAACCUUGUUUCUGGAACAGGCUAUGACCUCUGCGUCCUGGCAAUGUGGGAUGACACGGCCACAACCCUUACUGCCACCAAUAUUGUGGGAUGUGCCCAGUUCUUCACCAAAGAAGACUACCCUCAGUGCCAGUCGAUGCACAGCCAGUUCCUGGGUGGGACCAUGAUUCUGAUCAUUGGAGGCAUCAUUGUGGCGACCCUAUUGGUGUUCAUUGUAAUUCUCAUGGUCCGCUAUAAGGUCUGCAACAAUUCCCAGGGCAAGAUGUCUAAUGUCAGCAACGUCUACUCACAGACAAAUGGAGCACAACCAGUUCAGAACGGAGUCUUGCCCCAAGUCAAUCCCAAAGUGGUGGUGAGAAAUGAACUUAUGGAGUUUAACUGCCAGUCUGCGCGGAGCAGCAUCUCCUCUUCCUCCAGCUCUGCAAAUAGCCGUGACUGUGACAACUACAGCCUCCAAAGUGAACAGGGCACAUUGUCCAGCAAAUGGAGGCCUCCUUCCCGGUCAAAACACAAUAUUGACCGGCUAAUGGGAGCUUUUGCCUCCCUGGAACUGAAGUGUCAGAAAAAGGAGGAAGUGACAGACUCCAGAACUUCCACGGUGGCCCGCCACUCGGACAAAGAGCCACUGCUGGGCCAGUCAGAGUCCAAAUUCCGCAGCUUCCUCAUGUUGCCUCUGGAGGGCAAAACUAAACGUAGCCAUUCUUUUGACAUGGGGGACUUUGCCACAUCUCAGUGUUGCACCUACCCAAAAAAGAUAACAAACAUUUGGACAAAGAGGAGCCUCUCGGUCAACGGCAUGCUGUUGCAGUAUGAUGACAAUGACCUAACAGGGGCCAAAGGGACUUUCGGGAGCUCAGAGUGGGUGAUGGAAAGCACGGUGUAAAUAUCAGUGUCUCUCCCCUUCUCUUCUCCCCUCAUGUGUUAUAAGUGUGGUUUGCUUCAGGGCCGUGCAAUUGGAAAGAGAGGGGAAGAAACAUUUUCUGUUGUACUGGCCAAAAAGAUAGGCAAGCAAGUUACAGGAAUAGUAAAAGAAAAGGAGGGUCAUGAAAUGUGAAUAGGCACCUAUGGUACCAUUCCUGUCUGGCCCCUACUAAACCAUGCGUGAAUGUUUCAAGGAAUUUGCUAGUUGUAUUUAGCAUUGCUUUCCAAAAGUUACUCAGACUCCUGGUGAACCUUCACCCAAGAUUAAACAAGGAGGAUGAAAAGGGGUUUAACAGCAGAAAUUUAAUUUUACAGGGUUUCUUUUUACUUUCUUUCUUUGGUUUUGUUUUUGGUGGUUUUUAUAAUGGCACCUCUUUUUUUUUUUUUCCUUAACCACAGAAAUACUCUUCUGUGGAUAUGACUGGUGCUAGGAUAUAUCUGGUUGUCAUUCCAAGGAAUUUUCUCAAAAGUGCAGGCAGGGCACCCACAGGGGAAGAUGAGAGUAAAUUGUUUAGCAUAAUCUCAUGGUCUUAACUGUGAAACUGUAACAUCUGGGCAAACAAUAUUUGUUGUUGAAUGGACUUUUGUUUGGUAUUUAAUUAUUUCUCUUCUGUUUCGAUUUGUUACUGCUUUUGAGUUCCUUUUUUUCCCACAUGACAAGGUAACAAGGUAUGUUUCCAUGCACAAUUUGAUUUUGUUUUCAGCCUCAUCAAAUUCCCCAUAUGGAAAGGAGGAUAUGUACAAAGGUCAAAUAUCUAAUGUACUGUAUAACUCACUUCUAAUACCAUCCCUUUUUGUCCUAGGAAAAAUUAAAUCUAGGGAUAAAUUAAAAAAAAAUCAUCCUCUUAUUAACAUCUCCUUCAUAAUCUCUUCUUGUCAAUGCUCAAGGCAGAUUGCAGCAGAUAUUGAUAUCUCUAGGGAUGUUGCUAUAAAAGAUGGGGAAAAUAGUUAUCAGGAUACCCUAAAAAAGGAUAAAGAAAAGGAAAAAAAAAAGUAGCUCCUGGGAGCUCUCCACGUUAUGGAUAGCAAUGGCUUCUGGUAGGGGUCAUGCUCUCACGCCACUAAAAGGAGAGCCUUGCACCCUACGGUGACAAAAGCUCCUUGUCAGUACGGUCACCAUGACAUGUCUUUACUGUAUCAGUAACAUCAGGAAAAUUAAGUUUUUGUGUAUUUCAGGGGAUUGGUUAUGUUCCAAAUUAGCCACAGAAACUGAGUAAAAUUUGAGUAUCACUGAGGAGGGGGUGAGCCAUGUCUCCCCUGCAUUACAUAAAGCCCUUCCCUAGUCUGGUGCACUCCUACUCCCCUGUCUCUCAUCCUCAGGAAGAUACUUGUAACAGGAGCUCUUCAGGGUUUGUAAACAGAAUCUCAGAUUGGUUUUUGGUGAGCAUUGCUGUGGUUGUAGAAAUACACAUGGCCCAUCCAGCAGAAUUCAUUUUCUUUACCAAUUUUACUGUGAUUUCUAGCAUUCUGCUGGCUACUGCAACUGUCCUGUCAUUUAUUUAUUUAUUUGUUUGAUCAGCUGUUGGGAACCAUUCUGAAAUUGCACAUUGUUACUAUGAUUUUGUAAAAGAGGUGGAGAAAGUAUGCAAGGCACAGAGAAAAUAAUACAUGAAAAAACUCUAUGUAUAUUUUUUUUAAAAAGUUCAGAGAUAUAUUGUGACAUGGCUGUGUACUUGAUCUUGUAUUCGUCAUGUUUCCUACUUGGAGUUUUAGAUAACAACAUCCCUGUGAUCAGAAUAUUUUUUUCCUUUAUUUUCUUUCUCUUUUUUUUCUUUUGCUACAAAAUGUACAGUAAAAAAACGUC